AUGGACAUGAAUGGUAUACUGAGUGGAUAUCAGAUUGACGUUCUCAACACCCUUUACAUAGUGUUGCUCACUCCAAGUGUGGUUGGGAGUCUUUCUGUCCUGGUAGUUUCCAUAGUGAGAAGGAGGCAUCUACAACAACAGGUGCACCUCCUCGUGCAGCUCGCCCUGGCAGACCUCCUGGCUGCUCUGAUCCUGAUGUCCACCAGUGUCAUGAACAAAUUGGGAAUCCACAGCAAUGUCCCCAUCUGCCAGUACAGCCUGCCACUGUCGCUGACAUUUUACUUUAUUUCAUUUCUGCUGGUGGUCAUUUAUGCAUGGAAGUCAAAGAAUGCGAUUCAAGGAUGGAGAACGAGACCGACAGAGGAUGAGGGCACGCAGAGUCAGUGUAGAAGAAAAAUGGUAGCGAUGCCUGUAUAUGCCAUAGUGUGGCUGAUUCCUAUAUUUAUGUACUUAGCAUACUUGCUCACUUCCUUCAUAACCACAACUUUGCUGAUUGCAAACAAUGAACGGUCACAGGUCCUCCAUAAUGAAAGCAAGUACUGCAGCAGCUGUAUUUUGUUCUUGCACGUCUGGGGAGAUUCCUGCUCAGAUACGGAUGUAAUCCAUGAUAACUUCAUCAAAAUAUUCCUGGUCUUUGUGGUGAUACCAGUGAUGCUGUCUUGCUCUGUGAUUUAUUAUAAGGUUGGUAAAUGGUAUGAAAGACAUCAGCAUCAGGGUCUUUUUCCAGUGGAAGGAGACGGGCGUUCGAGAAGGCGAUUCAAGACAGUGUUUUCUACAGCAAGAAAUAUGGUGAUGGUCAUCUUAGUUUGUUGGGCACCAGCUCUUGUCCUCAUUCUGUUUUCCACCCUGAUGAAAUGGACAAAUAUUGAACAGCGCAGUCUAUUUGGACUUUAUAUGAUACAGGCGGCUGGUGUGUCCCUGCAAGGCUUCCUGAACAGUAUGGUUUACGCCUGGAGACGACCAAACUUCACCGAGGCCGUUCUAGGGGAGAACACCCCCCUGGUGGCACACAACCGCCUGGCCUUCUUUGAUGAAUCGCUAAGGACCUCAUCCUGUUGACACACAAGGGAGAAACUGCUGGAACAACUAUCGGCCUCAGGACGACCAAUUGAACACUUCAUGACUUCAUGACAGCUAAAGACUGAAACAUGAGGCAAAUAUGAAAUGGACUGGAGAGGAAAAGAAAAAAAGGAAACAUGAAGACUGCAACAGAUGCAUUUGUCA